AUGGAUAUAGCUGUUCCUUCCAGUAAUACGGAAGUUCCUUCGGUCAUUUCAGUCCAGGAGAGUGAUACCGAAGAAAAGUCAGCCACAAGCGUGCACCAUCUGCGCGAAGAGAAGAAACCGGUGGGGAGUGAGACCCCAACGGCUGCUCAAGUGCAGAUUGCUGGUACGUUAUCCCAAAUCAUGCCUAUAUCUUUGGAAGGGAAAUCUGACUUUGAUGCAAGUUAUGUUUUCAGAUAUUCUGCUUUUGUCCUUCCUCCUCCUUUUACGUAUGUUAAAAGUAGACGCAGGACCCUUCCAGGGAUUUCCAGCUAUUUCCAAGAAUUGGCAAGUUACAAACGUGAUAAGUGCAAGAACGAGGAUAUUUGUGCCCAUCCCUCUCACUAUGUGAGCUUGUUUACUGAUUUUACUGCUGCCGACAUUGAGAAUAUGAAGGAGAGGGACUACAUUGUCUUCUUUCAGAAAGAGUACAUUCGAGGAAGAGUCGAUGUGGUGAGCAACGGAGAACUCCCAUUUACCUAUGACUGUGGCUGCUUUUCGGACCAUUCCAAAGCUCUUUCCUCGUCCUUGCAGCGUCCCUACAAGGUGCCGGGGACAGUGGUCUUUUUAUUAGUUCCGAAUGGAGCCACAAUCCAUCAUUUUAUCGACAGUGUUCUUCCCAAACUGGUCCAGCUGGAAGCCUUUCUCGGCGACGCCUCCUUCCGUUAUCUGCUAGAUUUGUCUCCACAGUACACGCUGGUGAAAGCACUUCUCGAGCGGCUAGGAAUUCAUGCAGACCAGUUGCUCGAUUAUCGAAGCAUUAAACACUUGGGAGAUGGAAUUUCUGCAGAGAGGCUUGUGAUUCCUUGCAAUACGCCUCCUCUGCAUCCCUAUUUGUGGCAGCGUGCGCAGUACUUGCUGCAGCUCCCGCAUAUCGUGAAUCCUUCCUUGUUUACCAAAAACACAAUUCUUUAUUUGUCUCGAAGAAAGGGAACGAUUGGAGGUGGGCGAAAAGUUGUAAACGAGGCCGUGCUGGAAGGCCAGCUCAAGCAAUUCGCUGCAGAGCACGGCUAUCGGUACGUCCCCUUCUUCCAUACAGACUACAAUGACGCUGACUCGUUGAUGCAGCUGUGGUCGUCCGCUGCAGCAGUGAUUGGUCCGCAUGGAGGAGCGUUUAGCAAUAUCUUGUUUGCACAGAAGGGAUGUUUGGUGAUCGAGUUUCUUCCGAAUGGGGCCAUCUUUACCGGCUCCACGUUCAAAGAGCACCUGUCUACCUAUCAGCAAGCGAUGCUAUUGGGCCAUCGGUAUUUUGCCGUCAUGUCGCCCUUUACGAAGCGGGAUGAUAUGACUGUGAAUGUGGAAGAAGUUAUGAAUAUUUUAGAAAAGUCGUUGUCUUUAUAUUGUGUUUUCCAAACCAAACUAAUUCUAUUACUUCAUUUCCAGUCUUUGGCUGAUCUCUAUCACGAAUGGUUCGGCCAUUCCUCACAACGAAUGGAAUGA